UACCUUGAAUAUUCGUGUACUAGCGUUUAUCAUAAAAUAUAUUUUCGAUUUCGAGAUUCGUAAUUUCAUUGCACUAUUAGCAUUAACUACGUAUUAGCAUCAUAAUAUAGCAAUUUCUAAGACAAAAUUGUAUGUGUUCAGUGUUGUUGUAACGUUGUGUUAGUUUUAACGACUCUAACAUAUUAUAAUCUUAUAAAACUAAUUAAUUCUUUCCAGUUCAGAAUUGGCUAUGAAGGUGAUGUUUUUCUGGUUGAUAUAUUCAUGGCUAAUUUUUGGAACGGGAAUUUGGUGUGACCAUAAACUUGAAAGACGACAAGCUAGUACAAAAUGCUCAGAGACUUCCAAAAAUACUUUUAGUUGUUCCGAUGGACAGUGUAUUGUAAGAUCGUCAGUUUGUGAUGGGCGGAAAGAUUGCUCAGAUGGCUCAGAUGAAAACAAAGAAAUGUGUAAUCGAUACGAGUACGGAACGAGUAAAAUAGAAUGCGGUAAAGUAUAUAACACUAGCAAUUCAGUAUCGACCAUCAAUAAUGAUAUGAAAAGACUUAUUGGAAGAGCACCAUGGAAUGUUGGAAUAUAUGUGAAAAGUACAUAUAAUGCCAGUUAUGUUUUUGUAUGUGGAGGAUCAAUAAUUGGUCCAAAACAAAUCGUAUCUGUUGCCCAAUGUCUUUGGGAUUCAGACUAUAUGGCUGCCAAAAUAUCAAUAAAAAAUAUGUUCAAAGUUGCUAUUGGAAAAAACCUGAAAAGUUACUGUACAGAAUUCGAAACAGUUGACAAUGAAUUUACUCAAAUAAUGGACGUUGAAAGUGUUCAUGCACAUGAAAAUUUCCAUGAUGAAAAUAAACAAGCGACGUAUGAUAUAGCUGUUGUUGAGUUAUCAAAAAGAAUUACUUUUAGUGAUUAUGUGACACCUGUUUGUAUUGAUUGGAGUGGUAAAUACAAUGUAAAAAAUGGAACUAAAGGACAAAUUCUUACUUGGAAGUAUGGGGAAGAAUCCCUUUUAUCAGAAACAUCUUUAUCAUACAUUGACCAUAAUUCUUGUAAAAAUACAUACAAUUCUGUAUUGCGUGAUGAUCAGUUUUGUGGCAGUUCUGAAUUGGGACAAUUCGUUGGAUUGUUUUAUUUCGGUUCAGGACUAACCUUAGCACACUCUAAUAAUUCUCAUUUUUUAACUGGAGCAGCAAUUUACGAAAAUGAAAUAAAAAAUAGAACAAUUGUAGAUUUUACAGAUAUUAAAUACUACAUUCAUUGGAUUCGUAAGCUGUAUGUUAAACAUUUAAAUCAUGAUAUACCAUUUUGUAUUUUACCAGAUGUCGACGGAGUUAUAUAUUCUUAUGAAGGUUCAGAUACAAUUUUAGCUCGUGGUACAUUAAUUAAUCAAUAUCGUACUGUUAUUGAGAACUGCGAUGUUGGAUAUUAUAAGGCUUACCCCAGAGGUUUUAGAGUUUGUCAGGGAAAUGGAAAAUGGACCAUGACUUCCGAGAAAUUGUGUUUUAAAAGAUGUCCGCCCCUAUUAUCAGAGAGUUUAGAUAUUAAAUGUACUCUAAACGGUAACUUUGCUAAUUGUUCAAAUCCAUCGACUCCCGAAACAAUAGCUUUACCAUCAUGUAAACCAACUCAUACAUUACCAAAUGGACAAGAAGAGACUCAAAUUGAAUUAAUUUGUCAGUCUAAUGGAAUGUGGAAUAAACAACUAUAUAAAUGCAAUUCAAAUUGUGGAAGAGUAUAUACUAAUGGCAAAAUAUCGAUGGCCAAUGGUAAAAAAGCUGUCGCUGGAACAGCACCUUGGAAUGUUGGAAUAUAUCAAUUAAAUAAAGAUACUUCCAAAUAUGACUUGAUAUGUGGAGGAUCAAUAAUUGCUCCAAAUUUAGUAGUUUCGGCUGCUCAUUGUUUUUGGUACCAAGAUAUAUUAUCUAAUAAAAUAUCAAUAAACGACGGUUCAUAUAAAGUUGCUGUUGGAAAAUAUGAUAGAAAUUUCACAGUAGUUGACAAUGAAUUUACUCGAAUAAUAAAUAUUGAAACUAUUUACUUAAAUGAACAUUUUUCUGGAGCUCAUGGUUAUUUUGCUAAUGAUAUAGCUGUUAUUGUGUUAUCGAAUAGAGUUGCUUUUAGUAAUGUUGUUGCGCCUAUUUGUAUCGAUUGGAGUGGUAAAUACAAUAUAUUGAAUGGAGUUGAAGGAAAGAUUGUUGGCUGGGGAAAGACAGAAAUGGGUACAGCAAGUUCAUUUUUAUUAGAAACUUAUUUACCAUACCUCGACCAAUAUUCUUGUCGAGAUACUUAUACGAAUGGAUUUGAUAUAUUUGUAACUCUUGAUAAGUUUUGUGCUGGAUCCACGUUGGUUUCAGAGCAAUACUUGGAUGAAGGAGAUAGCGGUUCAGGCUUAUCAUUUUUACACUCAAAGUCUUAUUAUUUAACCGGUGUAUUGAGUCUUAUAGAAUCAUCCUCCAAUAACUCAAUUGCACUCUUUACGGAUAUUAAGCACCAUAUUCUAUGGAUUCGUCGACUGUAUAAUAGACUUACGACUGGAUCAAUCCAAUAUCAUUUAAAAGAUCAAAUAGUAAUUGAUGAAACAAAUAACGCAAUAUAUGAGAUGGCUAAUUAUCAGUUUCCUUUAAAUAAUGUAGUAGAUCUAAAUACAUUUGAAGGUAAUAUAAGUGGGAACCAACAGUUCAGAACUCAUUGUUCUGGAUUGACUAUGACGGUGAUACAUUUCUGGUUGAUAUAUUCAUGUCUAAUUUUUGGAACUGGAAUUUUGUGUGACCAUAAACUUGAAAGACGACAAGCUGGUGCCAGAUGCUCAAAGACUUCAAAAAAUACUUUUAGUUGUUCCGAUGGACAGUGUAUUGUAAGAUCGUCAGUUUGUGAUGGGCGGAAAGAUUGCUCAGAUGGUUCAGAUGAAAGCAAAGAAAUGUGUAAUCGAUACGAGUACGGAACGAGCAAAAUAGAAUGCGGUCGAGUAUAUAACACUAGCAAUUCAGUAUCGACCACCAAUGAUAUGAAAAAACUUAUUGGAAGAGCACCAUGGACUGUUGGAAUAUAUAAGAAAGAAAUAAGGAGUUCCUAUUAUAUUUAUGUGUGUGCAGGAUCAAUUAUUGGUCCAAAACAAAUCGUAUCUGUUGCUUCAUGUAUUCGGGAAUCAUCCUAUUUGCCUGCCAAAAUAUCAAUAAAAGACAUGUUCAAAGUUGCUAUUGGAAAAAACCUGAAAAGUUUCCAUACAAAAUUCGAAACAGUUGACAAUGAAUUUACUCAAAUAAUGGAUGUUGAAAGUGUAUACGCGCAUGAAAAUGUACAUGAUGAAAAUAAACAAUUGGAAUAUAAUAUAGCUGUAGUUGUGUUAUCAAAAAGAAUUACUUUUAGUGAUUAUGUGAAACCUGUUUGUAUUGAUUGGAGUGGUAAAUACAAAGUAAAAAAUGGAACUAAAGGACAAAUUCUUACUUGGAAGUAUGGGGAAGAAUCCUCUUUAUCAGAAACAUCUUUAUCAUAUUUCGACAGUAAAUCUUGUCAAAAUAAAUAUAAAUCAAAAAAAAUGGUAUAUCCUAUGACUAAUGAUACGUUUUGUGGCAUGUCUGAAAUAGGACAAAUCGUUAAUUUAUAUUAUUACGGCUCAGGACUAACCUUUGUACACUCUAACAAUUCUCAUUUUUUAACUGGAGCAGGACUUUACAUUGAAGACACAGAAAUUGAAAAUAGAACAGUCGUACAUUUUACAGAUAUUAAAUACUAUACUGAUUGGAUUCGAAACAUAUAUAUUAAAAAUUUAGACCAUGAUAUACCUUUUUGCAUUUUACCAGACGUUGAAGGAGUUAUAUAUUCUGAUGAAGGUUCAAAUGAAAUGUUAGCUCAUGGUACAUUAAUUAAUCAGUAUCGUACCGUAAUUGAGAACUGCGAUGUUGGAUAUUAUAAAGCUUACCCCAGAGGUUUAAGAGUAUGUCAGGGAAAUGGAAAAUGGUCCUCGACUUUCGAUAAAUUGUGUAUUAAAAUGUGUCCGCCUCUUUUAUCCGAUAGUUUAGAUAUUAAAUGUACUCUUGAUGGUAAGUUUACUAAUUGCUCAAAUCCGUCGACUCCCGAAACAAUAGCUGUACCAUCAUGUAAACCAACCCAUACAUUACCAAAUGGACAAGAAGAGACUCCAAUUGAAUUGAUUUGUCAGUCUGAUGGAAUGUGGAAUAAUCAACUAUACAAAUGCAAUCCACAUUGUGGCAGAGUAUAUAAUAAUGGAAAAAUAUUGAUAGCCAAUGGUAAGAAAGCUAAUGUUGGAACAGCACCUUGGAACGUUGGAAUAUAUCGAUUAAAUAAAGCGAAUUCAAAUUAUGACUUGAUAUGUGGGGGAUCAAUAAUUUCUGCAAAUUUAGUCGUUACUGCGGCUCAUUGUUUUUGGUACAAAGGGAUAUUGUCUAAAAAAAUAUCAAUAAACGAUGAUUCAUAUAAAGUUGCCGUUGGAAAAUAUGAUAGAAAUUUCACAGUAGUUGACAAUGACUUUACAAGAAUAAUGAAUGUAGACAUUAUUUAUUUACAUGAUCUUUUCACUGGAAAUCAAGAUUACUAUGCUUAUGAUAUAGCUGUAAUGUUGUUAUCGAACAUAGUUUCUUUUAGUAAUGUUGUUGCACCUAUUUGCAUCGAUUGGAGUGGUAAAUACAAUGUGUCAAAUGGUGUAGAAGGAAAGAUUGUUGGCUGGGGAAAUACAGAAAAAGGUACAUUAAGUCCAGUUUUAUUAGAGACUUCUUUACCAUACCUUGACCAUGAUUCUUGUCGAAAUAUGUAUACCAAUGGAUUUCAUAUAUUUGUAACUCUUGAUAAGUUUUGUGCUGGAUCUGCGUCGGUUCCAGGACAAGACAUGGGCGAGGGAGAUAGCGGUUCAGGCUUAACAUUUUUACACUCAAAGUCUUAUUAUUUAACCGGUGUACUGAGUCUUAAGCAAAAAUCUUCAAAUAACUCAAUCGCGCUUUUUACAGAUUUUAAGCACCAUAUUCAAUGGAUUCGUCGACUGAAUCAAAAACAUAGCUAAGUCCAAUAAGAUUAUGGUAAUAACAUACAAGUAAUUUCUUUUAAUUAUAUUAAAUAAUGAUUUUGUAGUGUUGUACUGAUUUACCGACGAACAUCAAUUUUAUGGCAAAUACAGUUUUUACAUAUCUCAUUAUACAAUUACUUUAAUUUUUUAAUUAUUCAUUUAGACUAUAAGAUUAAAACUGAUGAACACGCAUUUUUUUUUACAAAAUUUUGGAUUAUAUUAAGAUUGUUAUCAAAAUAAACAGUAAAACAUAGUUUUAAAUAAAUUUGUUAUUGAUAAAAUAAGAUGAUAAGAAAACAUAAUUAUUAUAUUUAUUAACAGUUGUCACAAAAUAUUUAAAAACAAUAUUUUUUGCUGGAUAAUGUGUUUAAGAUAAUAUAAAAAAAUAUCUACAGUAAUUAACGAUGACGUAUGUGCUUCUUUAUUUGUUAUGUUUUUAAAAAAAUCGUAUCGUAAUACAAUAAUAUAUUCAAGCUAACUUAAUGCUAUUUAUAUCUGAGGUCGUUUAUUAUAAUAUAUACGUUCGAAAACGAAAUUACAUAAGAUUGUUUAUGAAAAUGCA